AUGGCCAUCGAACAUAUAUCUACUGGAGUGGCUGUGCGACUGGCUGCCAGAAAGGGCACUUUGACCGGCGUCACAUCGUCUAGCCUCGCUCCUUCCUUUCUUCAAGCCAACCUCAUUGUUCUACCUUCGCGUUAUGCUGCUGAUUUCCGCCUCAUCUGUGCCCGAAAUCCUGUCCCUUGUCCUCUCCUGGCCGAAUCUUCACAAAUUGGCUCCUACGAUAGCCUGGAGUCUCACCUCGCCGGCUUGACAGGGCAACAGAUUGCAUCUGACAUCGACAUUCGCCAUGAUGCUCCCCGAUACAUGGUCUACCGAGACGGAGUCCUAUCUGCCUCUCACGUCGAGAAUAUCGCUGCUGAAUGGAGUGAGGACCACGUUGCUUUCUUGAUUGGCUGCUCGUAUAGUUUCGAGACUGCUUUGAUCAAAGCUGGUUUUCCUCCUCGUCAUACUUUUAUGCAGAGGAAUGUUCCAAUGUAUCGAACGAACAUCCCACUCUGUCCUGCUGGGGUCUUCACAGGAGCGACUUAUGUCGUAUCGAUGCGUCCAUACAGGCGAUCAGGCAUUGAACAAGUGAGAGACAUCACACGGCGGUUUGUAGCGACACAUGGAGAGCCCAUAGCUUGGGGUUGGAAUGGCAUGAAAGAUUUGGGCAUCUCAGAUAUCAACAAGCCUGAUUGGGGUGACGCACCAUUGGAGCUGGAUGGUCAGCCACUGGAUCGAAGCAACGACGAUAUUGUUCCUGUAUUUUGGGGGUGUGGUGUCACNCCCCAGGAAGCUGUGAUGAGAGCUGGGCUCAAAGGGACUGUGCUGGGACACGCCCCUGGACACAUGAUUCUGCUCGAUGUGAAGGAUGAAGAUGUAUUUAGCAUUUGA